UCUGUUAUUCUAUUUAUCAAUUAUUUCCUCUUCCACAGCGGUGAUUCCUCUUGUUGAAUAUUGAUCUUUAAUCAUAAUCUCUAUUGAAUUGAGCGCGAGUCCAGUAUAUUUUAUAAUCAUAGUGACUCGCUCUCUCUUGCUUUAUUGUGCAAUCAUCCUUUUUAUUCACAUUUUGCACGUGUUUUAGAAGUUUUUACGUUAAUUUAAUUUUCUUAAUGGCUAGAGUACUUGUAGUCGGUGGUGGAGGACGAGAAAAUGCAAUUGCUUGGAAACUAUCGCUUUCUUCAAAAGUGAAUAAGAUUUACAUUACCCCAAACAAUAUUGGAGCUGUACUAUUGCCUCAAGUAGAAUUUGUUGAUUUGAAUGUCAACAAUUUUGAGUAUUUGGCAAAAUGGUGCGUAGAAAAAUCUAUUGACUUAGUGGUUGUAGGUCCUGAAGAUCCACUUGCAUCAGGAAUUGCUGAUGUGUUAGCUAAGCAUAAUCUUAAAUGUUUUGGACCUUCUGCGAAUGCAGCUCGUAUUGAAAGUGAUAAAGAAUGGGCAAAACAGUUUAUGGACGAAUUUAAUAUUCCAACUGCUAAGUGGAGAUCCUUUAAUGAUGUUAAACAAGCUACAGAUUUUGUUUAUUCAGCUGAUUAUCCUGCUCUUGUAGUAAAAGCAAGUGGUCUUGCUGCUGGAAAAGGAGUAGUGGUGGCAUCUAAUAAACAAGAAGCUUGUUUGGCAUUAGAUGCUAUCUUAACUGAAAAUCGAUUUGGAAAAGCUGGCCAGACAGUUGUAGUUGAAGAAUUGUUACAAGGAGAAGAAGUUUCUGUUUUAUGUUUUUCUGAUGGUGUGAAUAUUAAAGUUAUGUUACCCAGUCAAGAUUAUAAAAGAGCAUACAAUCAUGAUAAAGGUCCAAAUACUGGAGGAAUGGGAGCCUUUUGUCCCUGUUUUAAUAUGCCUCAAAAUGAGUUGGACGAAGCAAGAGGUAUUUUACAAAGGGCUAUUGAUGGUCUCCGUAGUCGUGGUAUUCCUUUUGUUGGUGUACUUUAUGCUGGAUUAAUGGUAACCAAUAAUGGCAUCAGAGUUUUGGAGUUCAAUUGCCGUUUUGGUGAUCCUGAAACCCAAACUAUACUACCACUUUUAAAAUCUGAUCUUUAUGAUAUUAUGCAAGCAUGUUGUUGUGGUACUCUGGAUAAAGUUAAGGUUGAAUGGAAAACUGACCAAUUUUGUGUAGGUGUUGUGAUGGCAAGCAGAGGAUAUCCAUUAACAUCCAGUAAAGGGGAUGUAAUAACUGGAUUACCAAGUGUAACAAAAAGUAUGGUUUUUCACAUGGGUACUAAGUUGAACAACUAUGGGGAAUUGGUAACAAAUGGAGGCCGUGUAUUGAUUGUGGUUACCACUCAUCAGGAAUUAGUUUUAGCUGCUGCCAGAGCCACUAUGGCUUGCGGUAGAAUAUUGUUUAAUGGUGCACAAUUCAGAACUGAUAUUGCUCAUAGAGGAAUUGCUAGAGCAAUUCUUGCUAUGGGUGCUACAACGUAUAAAUCUAGUGGUGUGGAUAUAACUGCUGGUAAUGAUUUAAUUCCAAUUUAUAAACAAAUGGUAUCUGGGACCAAACGACAAGGAGUGCUUGGAGAUUUGGGUUCAUUUGGUGCUAUGUUUGAUCUUAAAGCAGCUGCAUUCCGAAAUCCAAUACUUGUGUCUAGUUCAGAUGGAGUUGGCACUAAGUUGAAGGUUGCUUUAACAUGUAACAGUCAUGAAUCAAUUGGACAAGAUCUUGUAGCAAUGUGUGUUAAUGAUAUAAUAGUUCAUGGUGCUGAACCAUUGUUUUUCCUUGAUUAUUAUGCAACUGGUCGACUGAAUGGAGGAAAUGUUGUUCAAGUUGUAAAGGGAAUUGCAGAUGGUUGUCAACAAGCUGGAUGUGCUCUUAUUGGUGGAGAAACAGCCGAAAUGCCUGGUCUUUACCACAAUCAUGAUUAUGAUGUAGCAGGUUUUGCAGUAGGAGCAGUAGAGAAAGAUAAGAUUUUACCUCGUAUUGCAGAUAUUGUUUCUGGAGAUAUUGUAAUUGGUUUAGAAUCAAGUGGUGUACAUGCUAAUGGAUUUAGUUUGAUUCGUAAGAUAAUGGAGAGGGGUUGUCAUAAAUUUACAGAAGAAGCGCCUUUUAGUUUGGAUAAGAAAACCUAUGGUGAAGAGUUAUUAAAACCGACAGAAAUUUAUGUUGAGCGUUUAUUACCUUCAAUAAGAAAUAAUCAUAUAAAAGCUUUGGCUCACAUUACUGGAGGUGGAUUAAUUGAAAAUAUUCCUCGUGUUUUACCAAAAAAUAUGAAAGUUAUUUUAGACGCUACAAAAUGGGAAAUACAACCAGUAUUUGGAUGGAUAGCUGCAACAGGUAGUAUCAGUGAAACAGAAAUGUUACGGACAUUGAAUUGUGGAUUAGGUAUGGUAUUAAUAGUUGAUAGUAAACACACAGAAGAUGUUCUUUGUGCAACUAAUGGUAAAGUUAUUGGCAUUGUUGAUGAAAAAAUGGCUGACGAACCAUCUGUUGAAGUAAAGAAAUUUGCAAAUUCUAUGGAGCCGUUGAUGCGUCCUCAUAUACAGACUUAUGUAGCAACUAGGAUGCAUCCAAAAAUGCGUGUAGCUGUUCUCAUAUCAGGAAGUGGAACGAAUUUGCAGGCAUUGAUUGACUCAACAACUGAUGAUCCGUCCAUGAUGUCUGAAAUUGUUUUAGUAAUUUCUAAUAAGCCUGGAGUGGAAGGUAUAAACCGAGCAAGACGUGCCGGAAUAUUGGCUUUGGAAAUAGAUCAUACCCUGUUCAGUACUCGUGAAGAAUUUGAGGAAGAAAUGUUGAAAGCUUUAAAUCAAACUCAAAUAGAUGUUAUUUGUCUAGCUGGUUUUAUGCGAGUUUUAACCAAAAAAUUUGUGAACAAAUGGAGGGGCCGCUUAAUAAAUGUACAUCCUUCACUUUUACCUUUAUUCAAAGGACUUAAUGCUCAAAAACAAGCCCUAGAGUCUGGUGUACGAGUUAGUGGAUGUACUGUGCAUUUUGUAGAGGAAGAAAUUGAUACUGGAGCAAUUAUUGUACAAGAAAGUGUAAGUAUAAAUAUUGACGAGACUGAAGAAAGUCUUAUUGAAAAGAUUAAGGAAGUCGAACAUCUAGCUUUUCCGAAAGCCUUAAAGUUAUUAGCUACCAAUCAAGUAUACUUGGACAAAGAUGUUGGUAAAGUAAAAUGGUUAACAAAUUCAAGUGAUGUGUUUAGAAAUAUUGUUUAA